AUGUGGAGACGAACCUAUCUUAUCUUGCUGGUUAUUCGCAUUUAUUUUGCAUUGUCGCCGAGCUACCUUCAUCCUGAUGAGAACUUCCAAGGUCCCGAGAUUUUUGCUGAGCAAGUCUAUUCGUACCCUGCGCACCUCACUUGGGAAUUUACGUCGUCCAAGCCCAUCCGAAGCAUCUUCCCGCUAUGGCUCAGUUACGGCUUGCCUAUGACCGUCUUGAAGUGGUUCUGGACCGAAACCGGCUCCGGAAGUACGCCGCCAUACCUGAUAUACUACGUGCUUCGCGGGACGAUGUUCGGACUUAGCUUUGUGCUGGAAGAUUGGGCUAUACAUGAAUUGAUUACUUCCCCGCGCCAUCGUCGUGAGGCAGUGGUUCUGGUGGCUUCUUCUUAUGUUACGUGGACAUAUCAGACGCAUACCUUCUCGAAUUCGCUGGAGACCUUGCUUGUAGCUUGGAGCUUAGUGGUUAUUCAAAGGAUCCUGGAGAAUAGAGUGGGCUUUACUUCCAUGCGCGCUCAGAAUAGCCCCUGGGUUGUGACAACGCCUUUUGCAUUCGUUUCUCUCGCUCUCUCUGGAAUCAUCUUUUCACUGGUCGCGAUAUACGCUGAUACGAGCUUUUACAGCUCUUCCCCAGUCUCAAUUUCUGACAUUUUCCGGAAACCGAUUAUCACCCCGCUCAACAAUCUCCUUUACAACUCGGACAAAACCAACCUUGCAUCCCAUGGUCUCCAUCCUCAUUAUCAACAUUUCCUUAUCAACGCACCGCAAUUGCUUGGCCCCGUGUAUGUCCUUCUAAUUGCCUCUAUUUUCUCCCGUUCGAGCCGGUCGAAUUUUUCGCUUCUGAAUAUGAGAGCUCUCUCUGCCCUGACAGGCACCCUAAUCCUGUCAGUAUUCCCACACCAGGAAUCCCGCUUUUUGAUCCCUUGCGUUCCACUCUUACUCACCUGCUUCCGAUUACCGAAUCCUCGCGUAUUUCUUGUUACAUGGAUAGCGUUCAAUAGCAUCAUGGGCCUCCUUCUCGGCGUUUAUCACCAGGGUGGGAUCAUUCCCGCACAGCUUCAGAUACCAACCAUCAUAUCAAAUUUGAAUCCCGGCCUGGAGAAAGGGCCGGCUUCUCAAGAGACUGCGAAUGUGUUUUGGUGGAAGACGUAUUCCCCGCCGUUGUGGCUUCUAGGGGAUGCCGCAAAUAUUACCAUUAAGACUCACGAUCUCAUGGGAAUACCAGGUCGUGAUAUGCUUGAGAAACUUAGGAAAACUAUACCGCGGUGCAGCGACGGCUCCAUUCUUCGAUACCCUAGAUUCUCGGGGUCUAAAUCCAAUAAUGAUCGGCGUGUGGUCAAUCCGACUCUGCUCGUUGCUCCGAACUCUGCUACUUUCCUUGAUCAGUACGUGCGAUCUGAGAAUAAAGACGAGAGCCAGGACGAUCGGUUGUCUUUGCAAUUAGACCCUCUUUGGAGGUAUGACUGCCAUCUACAUCUUGAUGAUAUGGACUUUGGCGAUGAUGGGAUUUUACCUACAUUGAAACGGGUGGUGGGCCGACGUGGGUUGAAUGUUUGGCUUGUUACCAGAGCAUGUGGGUAA